AUGCAUUUCUUCUCUAACGCUGUGUUCAUUAUUACGGCACUCGCCGCCAGUGCCCAAGCAACGUCAAUCUCAUGCGUCUCCCGUUGUAUAGGACUGGGCGGAGCCACGGGCGGCGGUGUCAACUGCAUUCAAAGCCACUAUUUUUCGUGGCAAAACGAUGAUAGCAGCCUUUGCUUGAGCGUCAACCACAACAGCGUUGUGGAGGGUGAAGCUGGCUCAUGUGCGCAAAUUGUGAACCAAGUUCAGGUUCCCUCGCACUGGUCGUCCUACGGAGGCGCCAACUGCGACUCGCUUAAAGGAUCUCACUGGCAACUCCAGAGUAAUGGCUACCUCUCAUUCCAAACCGCUUCGGACUUUGAGGGCUGCCAAGCUGGCAUUCCAAAAGACGCAACCCAGUAUUCUCUGGCAAACAGCAAAAAGUGCACCCCUCACCACUAA